AUGGCGGAGCUGGAGGACGUGACGCUGGACGGGAGGCCGCUGGACAGCCUACGGGUCACCGAUUUGAGGGCGGCACUGGAGGAGCGAGGACUAGCUAAAAGCGGCCAAAAGAGUACCCUUAUGAAGCGCCUUAAAGGGGCUCUCAUGCUGGAGAACCUCCAGAAGCACUCUACUCCCCACACUGGAUACCAGCCCAAUUCUCAGAUGGGAGAGGAAAUGGGACAAAACAGUUUUAUCAAGCAGUACCUAGAGAAACAGCAGGAGCUCCUUCGACAGCGUCUAGAGAGAGAAGCCCGAGAGGCAGUUGAAACGGAAGAACAUACGCCUGAGUCAGAAGAUGAAGUGAUGCACACUGACAUUGUCCCAGAGCCUCCUGAUCUUCUCCGCUCUGUUCUGAAGAUUCCAGAAGUUGAAAUGACAAAGCGCACACCAAAAAAAUGUCAGCCAGUUUUGGAAGAGCAAGAUGAUUCGGAGGAAGAGCUUCCUACAAAGCGUGAGAGAAGAUCAUCUCGAGUAAAGCAGACUAAAAUACCGAAGCCACCUGCUGUGUUCGUAGAGCCACCACAGGAACAAGAACCACGCAGAACCUCCACAAGGAUGCGCAGGUCUAAAGGAGAUGCACAAUCUACAAAAGAAGCAGAAGAGGUGGGAGCAGAGGAAGAAGGGAUUGAGGAAGACAGGGAGACUAAAUUGGUUAAAGAGGAGGAAGAGAUUCCCAAAAGACGAAGAUCUACAAGAGCAACCACCCCUCAACAGCACAAAAAAUCACCUAUAGUCAAGCGUUCCCCUUCACCUCCUGAGUUAACAGAAACAAAAUCAAAAUCUGCUUCACAGAGUGUGGAAGAAGUACCUGAACAGCGUGUUCCCCCCCUGCUUUCUCAUGAAGGUAUCAAACCUCAUAUGUCUGCUGAAAAACAGAUCUCUGUACCUGAGAAAGCAGUUUCACGUAAGACUUUCCAAACUGAUAGCUCACGGGUUCACAGGUCUCCUCAGAAGUGGGGACGUCAACCCAGAGAGAAGGCAGAUAGUGGUUCAGAUCAGCCAGUUCAUAAGCCAUCAGAUUCAUCUCUUGUAAUCCGUCAAACUGCCAGUUGGCACAAAGAAACUGAAAAAAGCCAGAAAUGCAAGCUGCAGGACCUUCCUAAAAGUGCUGAAAAAGAUGGGAUUGCUGUGAACAUAAUAGGAGGUGUAAGCUCUAAAGAUGUAAAGGCAAGGUCUUUGGUUUUAAUGAGGCCUCCAGUUCGGGCAAAACCUGAAGGGAGGACAGCUUUGGGAGAACAGAGCUUGCAUAUAAUUGAAAAGUCAUCAGGAAGAGGUGUACAGGCCAUGUCCAUAUUGGAGAAAAAAGACCCAGAAUCUCAUACAUGUGCCCAAAAAGAUAGCCUGUCUUUAGAUGUUUCUGCCUCACCUGAGGUUGUACAGUCAAAACGAAUGUCCAUGACUAUUACUGAUGAUGAUGGUUCCUCUGAAGUUGAAAAAGUAAUUUCUCCAGUUUGUCCAACAGGCAUACCAAAAAUUAGACAAUUAAAGAUUAGGAGAUCAGUGGGAUCUAAUGAUCAAUCAGAGUCUGAUACAGCAACAUCCACACAAGAUGUAUCUCUUCAAAGCAAACCUGAAAAGUCAGCACCAGAAGUCUGCCAAAAGCCACUUAAAGUUGUUUCUCAGAGACGCUUACACAGUUUCUCUAAAUUGAAAAAGCUAAAAAUAGGAACACACGGGGAAGUGGAAACACCUCUACAAACAGCUGAAGCAAAAGUGACAUCUCCACUGGAAGUCCCAGAGGCUGGCAAUUUGAAGGUUGCAGGUGCAGACACAAUUGUUCUGGAUUCCAGUGAACUAAUAGAAAAAACAGGUGUUUCAUGUGUAUCUGUUCAAGAGAUAUUCGAGGUAAAAAGUCCCAUCAGCAUGCAUUCUCUCCCUGAUCAUAGAACAAAAGAUGACAUAGUCUUGCUGGACAAGUUAAAGGAGGAACAGCCAUCUGUAGUAACUGUAAGUCCCUCUGAAGGUAAGACUUUUAUGGAGAUACAGAAAGCAGCAGAACUUAAAUCAGAAACAACAGUCUCAUCAGAUGUCCUUGAAACACAAACAUUGGUGAGGUCUGAAAAGAACAGGGAUGUUUUAGAAAAGGAGCCAUUAAUGGCAUUCGAUUAUGGAACCUCUGAAAGUGUCAAAGAAGCUGUAUUGAAUGUUACUUCAGAAGUUGCAUUGUCUCCUCAUAAAGAAACCUGUUCUAAUGAAGACUCUGAACCUACAAUAGCAAAUCAAAGUAACAAAACUCUGGAAGAAAAUGUGGAAUCCCAAAAUGCUUCUGCAUUUGUGUCCCCAUAUGAAGAAUCUGUAAUAAAAAAAGAUUUAGAAACCCCACCAGUUUUACAAGAAGAUCCAAACCUAUUGGCAUUGAAAGAUACAAGUCCUGUAACAACUGAGGAAUCUGUUCCUAUAACAGAAACUGCUAUGAUUCCUACUUUCACCCCUGAAACUUCUAACCUAGUUGCACAAGGAGAGCCUGAAAAAGAUGGAGCAUUUAUUACUGUUCAAGAGACUAAUGAAGAUUCUCUGACAGCUUCUGAAUUGGUGAUACAUGAAAAUGGAAAAUCCCUUAUCACUGAAACUCUUCCUAUAACCGCAAAAGUCCAGAAUAUGCCUAAUUUAAGUCAGAAAGUUGAACAUACCAUAUCAAAUUUGUCCAUUUUGCUAGAUAAUUCAGAUGAUGUCUCUCUGAUACGUUAUCCAGUAGCAGAUGGUUCAAAGGAUGUGACAAGAACUGCUGAAACUGAUAUAUCAGAAGAUACUUUUCUAACUGCUCACAAAGCCAACAUACCUGUAGUUGUCCAUGACGAUUCAGAAAUGGAGAAGACUGAGACAGAAUGCUGCACAAACAAGCAAGAACAUUCUGUAAUAUUUAUUUCAGAAACAAAUGCAGAAACUCCGGAAUCCACUGAACCUGGGAAACAUGCCUUACCUACAACUGCCCAGGAUGCUUUAAAACUGGAGAAAGGGGAGGAUUCUACAGAUCUUCAACAUUCUGAAAUGGUGGGGUCAGACGUCACUGCAGUAAAAACAGAACACGUUCUACUUGCAGAAUCAGAAGAGAUUAGUCUUUCGGCUCUCCAAGGUAUCCCUCAAGUGGUUAAAAAAAUGGACAUCACUAUGAAGGUUCAGGAAGCAUCGGAACUAGAGAAAACAAACAAAACAUUUUCUUCAGAGUUACAAGAAAUAUCUGACGUGCAGGACUCAGAGAUCCCUAAAGAUGAGCAAGCGUUUUUUGCAGUGUCAAAGGAGGCCCCUUCACCUAAUGUCCCUGUUACAUCACAGGAAGUUUUCAUAAAGAAAAGUGAACUCCAUGCACCAGACUUCCAAAAAUAUUCUGAAGUGCUUGACUUGGAGCCUCCUACUGACAAGCAGGAGCCCGCGGAACCUGCAGUAUCAUAUGAAAGGACAACGUCGGCAAUUGAGCAUCUCUCUCACCUUCUUCACAAAACUGACUUUCCAUUAACAGUCCCCCAGGAACGUUUAGAAUUGGACAAAAUUAAAGACUGCACUCCUAUUUUGCAAGAACAUUCUGAUAUAUAUGGUAUAAAAGUCACUACAGAUGCGCUGGAGCCAGCACAACUUACAGUGUCAAAGGAGAGGAUAACUUCAAAUCCUCAGGAUUCUUCUCAAAGUUGUCAGAAAAUAGAUUUGCCCUUAACCGCCCAGGAAGCUUUAGAAUUAAAGGGAAUCAAAGUAUGCUCUGGAGAUUUGCAUGAACGUUCUGAAAUGCAGGCAUUUGAAAUCACUAAUAAUGAAAAGCAGCAUGCACAGCUUGCAGUGUCGGAGGAGAGGCCAAUUUCAGUUGUGCAGGAUUUCACUCUGGUUAGUCAAGAUGCAGACAUCCCUGUAACUUUUGAAAAGAUAUCAGAAUUAGAGAAACAUAAAGAACUCAAUACAAAAUUACAAGAAUCUUCUGAAUUGAUGGAUUUGGAUACCACUAAAGAUGAGCUGGAGCCUUCUCCGCUAGCAAUAUCAGCAGAGGGAACCACUUCAGCUGUUCAGGACAUCUCUCUACAUAGUCAAGAGUCCUCUGUAACUGCCCAGAAAGAAUUAGAAUUAAAAAAAAACGAAGAAUGCCCUGCCAAUUUUCCAGAACACUGUGCAUUGCAGGGUUUGGAGAUCACAGCAGAUGAGCAGGAGGCUGCUCAUCUUGCAGUAUCAAAAGAGAGAACAACUUCAAUAGAUGAAAAUACCUUUAUAUUGGGUCAAAAAAUAAAUAUACCCGUAAUCGCCCAGGAUGCCUUAAAAUUAGAAGGAAACACAGAAUGCUCUGAAAUGCAGAGUUCUGAGUUUGCAAAAGAAAAGCAGGACCAAGCACAACUCACAGUGCCAAAAGAGAGCACAGCUUUAACCCAGGUUAUCUCUAUAAUUAGAGACGAUUUGGUAGCUGACAAGGAAAUCUCAGAAUUAGAGAAAACUGAGGAUCAAUGUGCUCUAGAGGAAUGUAGUGAAAUGUUGGCCUUGAAGAUUGCUAAAGACAACCAGCUGCAAAGUGAAUAUGUAUUAUUAGAGAAAAAUGCAACAGCAAUCCAAGAUGUCACUUUGGCUGUCAACACAAUUGCCCCAGAUGUUUUUGUAGCUGCCCCAGAUCAUUCUGAAGUCCAGAAAGAAGACCAUAAAUGCUCAGGAGAAUAUGGAGAACAUUUAGAAACACAUGCCUCAGAGAUAUUGACAGUAAACCAGCACCCUACUGAACUUGUAAUGUCACAGGAGAGGUCCUCUUUAGAUGUUCAGGGACUACAUGAACACCCUACGGUAGAGGCCAGUGGACUUGUAAUAUCUGAGGAAAGUACCCCUUUAUUUGUCCAGGAACCCUGCAAAUUAGAGAAGGGGGAACCCACUGGAUGUGUAAUAUCGGAGGAGAUCUCUUUAGCUGUCCAAGACACAGAUGCAUCAAACAAGAGUGAAAAAUCUGAGCUUGUAAUAUCAGAGAAAAUUACAUCUUUGAUUGCCAAGGAAGCCUGUGAAUUUGACUGCAGAGAACCCACUGACCUUGUAUUACUAGAAGAAAGAAUUCCCUUAGUCACCCCUGAAGACUGCAGUGGAACUCAGAGAUUGGAAGAGGCACAAGAAAUGAUUGUCAGCUGUGUGUCUCCAUCAGGCAAUACACAAGAAACCCAAAAUAUAAAAUUUGAAUCAAGUUUACAGGAUUUACAGGAUUUAAAAUCUCCCAAAAGUUCAAUUCACAGCCUUGCUCAUACAGACGAAAAAAACACAAUUAGUAAUUCUGCAACAGUUUCAGAAGAAGAGCAGACUUCAAAUGUAGAACUAAUUGAAAAUUCAGCAAAACAAACGUCAACAGAGGAAUUUACCAAAACUAAUUGGGUUCAUGCUGCUGACGAAUCAGGACACAUUUGUAAGAGCCCAGAAAGAAAGGACACAGUUGCAGUACAUGAGGCACUGAUAGACAUGUCUGCAGAAUAUCAUAGUAGAGAAUGUGAGACCAAAUAUUCUCCGGUUCAUCCAACAACUGCUGAUUUACGACCUGAUGAAGAGAAAGAGGUGGCAAGAGUUAUGGAGCAGCAGAAAAAAGAAGAGGAGGAGCCAGAGGAUAUAGUGCGAGAUCCUCCGCGAAGGAGAUCUUCCUCCUCCUCUUCUUCCUCUUCAUCGUCUUCCUCAUCCUCUUCCCGGUUAUCACACUCUUCCUCAUCAUCUCGCUCCAGAAAUAGUUCUUACUCAAAAUCUUCUUCUGAAAAUCGCAAAAGGAAAUCUCGUUCAUCCUCUUCUUCAUCAAGAUCUUCUUCUUCCCACAGUGACAAGGUAACUUCAUGCAGAAGUCCUCCCAGUGUUGAUGCUGUAGACUCCCAGCCUCCCAGAACUCUAGACACUUCUUUUGUAGAAGCAUUGGCACCCUUACCAAAUACCUCUCCACCUCAUUACUCAAAGAUUGUACAUCCGCAGCGAAGCACAUUAAGCCGAUGGGAUUCGACAGCCCUACCAGACCAUAGAGAUCGCAGGCGGUUUCAUGACCCCUCAAAUGAAUCUGAAGAACUAGAACAAGCUAAAAGAAUAAGACUAGAGCCAGAGUCUGAAGAUCAAGACCAAAAAAAUCAGAUCCCUGAUGAGCAGGAGGUGGAAGAGGAGCAGAACCCUGGAGACAGCAAUGUUAUCCACUCUUACAAAAAGAAAUGCAGUAUGACCUCCAAGCUAUGA